GUUGUUUUGAACGCCCUGAAGUCGUAAUUCCGAUUUUCCCAGUUCUCAGUUGUUUCGAUCGUGGCAUUAGUCUCAGAAAUAUGUCGUCAUAGCACGGACAGCAACAACAAACAUGGAAGAAUAUGUCCGUGAACCUUGUCCCUGGAGAAUAGUAGAUGACUGUGGUGGUGCGUUCACCAUGGGGGCCAUCGGCGGAGGGGUGUUCCAGUCAGUCAAGGGCUUUCGGAAUGCUCCUGUGGGCUUUCGGCACAGACUAAAAGGUAGCGCCAAUGCUGUGAGAUUAAGAGCUCCACAGAUCGGCGGUAGCUUUGCUGUGUGGGGUGGACUCUUCUCUACAAUCGACUGUGGCCUGGUCCGUAUUCGAGGGAAAGAGGACCCCUGGAACUCUAUAACUAGUGGGGCGAUGACUGGGGCAGUCCUGGCUGCACGCAGUGGGCCUUUGGCUAUGGUGGGGUCGGCCAUGAUGGGGGGCAUCCUGUUGGCCUUGAUCGAGGGCUUUGGCAUCCUUCUCACCAGAUACACCGCACAGCAGUUUCAGAACUCGAGUCCCUUUGUGGAUGACCCCAGCCAGCUUCCUCGUAAGGAUGCCGGCCAACAACAGACUGGGUCCCAGUAGGUUCCAUGGAGCUGCCGGGCCUAGCUACAGCCCUGCGUACUGUGACUGACAAUAUCAGACUAGAGAGGGGAGGGGUGCUCUGAAACCUGACCUCACUGGUGUAAGCAACCUCACCCUGAACCAGCCUCCAUCCUCCCAAUGGUCAUAAGAACGUAGAUGCACUUCAUUAUUAUUAUUAUUCCCCAGGGGUAGAUUACAGGUUAUUUGAGUCAUUUGUUUAUGAAUAUGUUUGUGUAUACUGGUUCACCAGUUUUCCUUCUGACUGGUCCUGAAUUAUACCCACCUUUAUCAGAUUAAUUUAUGCACAAAACCAGCAUUUUGUGGUGACUAAGACUUUUGGUGCUGAAUAACCGCAGUUACAGAAAUAGAAUGGGUAGCUAAACAUGAAUAGGCAUUAAUACAGGUAGGUAUGUGUGAGUAUGUAAUGACUGUAUUUAGGAUUAGAAGUUAGUGUCAGGGGUGACAAAAUCAAUGCUGUUCAAAACUGAUGUCAUUGAUUUUGCUUGUAAAAUGUAAUGCACUGAGGGAGGAGAACUGCACUAUCAUUCCAUUUCCUCUCCUCAUGGCAGCUUUCAUAACCGUGAGGCUUAUUAUAACGGUAGGGAUUCAGGGUCACAUCACAAACACACUUAUCUUUUGAUUCCAUUUGCAAACUCAGAAGGCUGGAAUGGAAGGCUGUGUCCAUAUGCUCAUGUGUUCUGCUCUGCUGUUUACCUCGCUCCCUUUAUUGCUACUAUGCCAUGCAUUCCCACACAUUUGCAUUCCCACACAUUUGCAUUCCCACACAUUUCCAAAGCCUAAGCACUAUAAGGUCUAUCCACUUUGUUGAACCAGAGCACUUUCCUACUCCAUCUCUUUAUUUGUUAUUAUGGUCAUAAAACUUGAGAUGGAGAAGGUUUUUGACACAAUUAGAUAUUAUUUUGUCAUUCAAAACAUGUGACAUUAAUGUAUAGAAUGCUGUACCAUAUUUGUUGAUUUUAAUUUAUUUAUGAUGCAGAAAAAUAAGUGUUAGCAGUGUAAUUGACUGGGAAAAAAAUAAUUAAAUUGUUGAUUCUG